AUGAUGAAGGAGAGCAUAGAAGAUUUUCCUAUGGAGGAACCCACAGUUUCAGAUGGCACUGCAACUCGCGGUUCGCCUGGUGUUACUUGUGGUUCUUCUGCCCUCACGCACCCGGGUGGCAUAAUCAAUACUUCGUGCAUUUCCACAGACAAUAUGGUUGGCAUGGAUUUCGACCUGUCUGAAUAUCAUUCUGAAGCACUAAAUGCCAUGCACGAUCUUUUCCUCUCCAGCAAUCUCACUGAUGUAACCUUGAGGGUUGCUUCUGAACAAAUUCGAUGCCAUAGAAUUGUACUGGCUAGUGCGUCUCCCUAUUUCCGCGCGAUGUUCUGCACAAAUAUGCGUGAAUCUGAAAUGACACAAAUUGAAUUACAUUGCAUAUCAAUCAAUGCUCUUCGGAAACUCAUCGAGUUUGCCUAUACGGGAAAGAUUCGCAUUGAUGAGCACAAUGUUUGUGAACUCCUAACAGCUUCUUCCAUGAUUCAAAUGAAUCACGUGAUUGAGGCAUGUUGCACGUUCCUCGAGCACCAGUUACAUCCAUCCAAUGUAAUCGGGAUUUGUGAGUUUGCCACAUCGAACAACUGCACAGCUUUAGCCAUGGCUGCACAAUCGUUCUUGGAUCAAAAUUUCAACGAAGUUGUCAAAUACGACGAAUUUCUGGCUCUCAGUCCGUCGCAGCUGUUCUCCAUGAUCCGAAGAGACAAUCUGAGUGUACGUACCGAGGCUGAAGUGUACAACGCAAUGAUUCGAUGGAUCAAUCACGACCGCACCUCGCGUUUAUCAGUCUUGGUGGAUGCGCUUAGUGUAGUUCGAUGUCAUACACUAUCUCCGAAUUUUAUUCGGAGUCAGAUAAAAAACUGCAGCCUUUUAGCCGGUGUCCCUUCGGCAAAACUGCAUUUACAAUCGGUCCUGCGUGAUCUGGUUGAGCAUCGCCAUGUACCCACAAAGAAACGGACCGCUGGUUCCACUGAGAUACUCUAUUCUGCUGGUGGUUAUUUGCGUUACUCCCUAAGUGCGUUCGAAUGUUACAAUCCAAACACAAACAAAUGGCGCCAACUGCCUGAUAUUCCCAGUCCCCGGAGUGGUCUGUCCGCGUGCUCCGUUCGCGGUUGCGUGUAUUUAGUUGGUGGUCGAAAUAAUAACGAACAGGGCAAUAUUGACGCGCCUCACAUGGACUGUUACGACCCGGUGGCCAAUAGUUGGCACACAUGCGCUCCCAUGUCCGUCCCGCGAAAUCGAGUCGCAGUUGGUGUGAUCGACGACAUGAUUUAUGCCAUUGGAGGAUCCACGAACACGCUACCACAUAACAGUUGUGAAGUGUGA